AUGGAGAAUGUUGAUCAACUCAACAACCCUUCCAGUCCUUUUUAUCUUCAUCGUGGAGAAAACCCUAGUAUCUCCCUCAUUUUGCAGGUUUUAAAUGAAUCCAAUUAUACUUCCUCGAACAGAAGUAUGAGAAGAGCUCUCCUCUCUAAGAACAAACUGAAAUUUAUUGAUGGAGGGAUCAAGAAACCUCAUAAAGACGAACCCCUUUUUGAUUCCUGGGAAAGGAACAACAUGAUGGGGUUGUCCUGGAUAAUCAAAACCCUUUCAUCCCAAAUAGUAGAGAGUGUUAUAUAUGUGGAAGAUGCUCAAGAACUGUGGGAAGAAUUAAAAGAAAGAUUUUCCAAAGGUGAUCACUUCAAGUUUUCAUAUUUGCUUCAAGAAAUACACUAUAUCAGACAAGGAGAAAGGAGUGUGAGUCAAUAUUUCACAGAUAUGAAAAUCCCAUGGGAAGAGCUAGAAUUUCUUAUACCCAUUACGUGUUGUAGCUGCAAAGUUCCUUGUAGUUGUAAUCUGUCUAAGGUUUCUCACAAAUACAAAGAAAUGGAACAUGUCAUUUGUUUCUUGAAAGGUCUAAAUGAAAGCUAUAACACUGUUAGAACCCAAAUAUUGUUAAUGGAGCCUCUACCCAGCAUAAACCACGUCUUUUCUCUUAUUAUGCAACAAGAAAGGCAGGGAAAGCAUGAGUUUGGCCCUAUUAAUCAAAAUGAAAUCAAGGUUUUGGCCAAUACUACUGAAAGACAAGGUCAAUGGAAGAAUGAGCAAAAUUUCAAGGCUCCUAGACGUGGUUCUGGACCUCGUAGCCAAGGGAGAAGGAGAAGAAGAAAUCCCAAUUUUGGAAAACAAUGUUCUUAUUGA